UUGGCUGCGAAAUUCUCAGUGAACCCCACUUGGUUGAAAUUGUAAUCGAUGCCCAUUGCCCACUUCACUUUCCCACUCAAACUUUCUUGCCUCACUGCCUUCUGCAUCCAUGCAAUUCACAUUCAUGGUAAUUUUUUAAGGCAUCCCACUUCUCCCCUUCUUUAUACAUAAAUGCGUUAUAUGUCCUCAAAAACCUGGAAAACUUCAACUUCUCAGUAUAUUUUUUUCCUCUAAACACUCUGUUAAUUGUCAUUGCUCUUCAACUUAAAAUAAUUUGUUGUGGUCGAGAAAACAUGCAAUGCUGAGCUUGCCUUAUGCUUAUUCCAUUCUUCCAUUGUAGCUCAGCUGCAUUUUCCUGUCUUUUUUAAUUAUUAAUCCUUCAUCAGGGAAGAAUUAAUAAUGGAAGUUCUGCAGAAACUGCUUUCUUUCACUAUUUAUGCAAUUAUCAUUGUUCUUGUUCUACCAUCUGUCGGUUCUCUAGAACAAGCAAAUACCACAGCCAAUAGUACAAUCAACAAUGGCUACAUUAAUCAGUUGAGUCCUAAACUGCUUUUUGAGAUUACAGUCCAUGGGUUCCUCCUCUGGGCUUCAAUGGGACUCCUGAUGCCUGUUGGCAUACUUAUUAUCAGAAUGUCCAACAGAAUCGAAUGUGGAAGAAGUCUCCGAAUUAUUUUCUAUGCUCAUGCAAUUUCCCAGACGCUUGCAGUACUUCUAGCCACUGCAGGCGCAGUUCUCUCCUUCAGAAAUUUCAACAACUCCUUCAGCAAUCAUCAUCAGAAGAUAGGAGUAGCGUUAUACGGUAUCGUAUGGUUGCAAGCCUUGAUCGGGCUUUUACGCCCGCAAAGGGGAUCAAAAGGAAGAGCUGUAUGGUUUUUAUCACACUGGUUGCUAGGAACUGUUGUGUCUCUGCUGGGAAUACUUAAUAUGUAUACUGGACUGCAAGCCUUCCAUGAAAAGACAUCUAGAAGCAUACGUCUUUGGACUAUAAUGUUCACAACUCAGAUUUCUUUGAUUGCUUUUUUCUACCUUUUUCAAGACAAAUGGGCAUAUAUGCAAAAGCAAGGAGUGAUUUUGGGUAAUGAACCAUUUAGGCCCACUGAUGAAGAGCUUUCAACAAGAGGCAAGCAGAAGGAAUCAACCACUGAGGCUUCCGGAAAAGCAUAUUAAUUAUUAAAUUAUUUCAACUAACAUGGGAUUCUCUUCAAACUUCAUAUUCUCUUUUACUUUCUACAAUUUCAUCCCAGAAAGGAUCAAAGUCUGGAUCACCUGAAGAAUGGAACACUGGGAGUAAAAUUUUAUAAAAAUAAUGUUACACUUGGUAAGUUUUACCUCAAAUUUUUGAAGUGUUGUGUCUCCUAUGUCAUAUUGACAUGUACAGGACAAAAUGACAUAAUAGUAGAAAAAUUGGGGUAAAACUUACCAAGUGUAACAUUCUUGUUUCUAUAUAUGAUGAAUUAUGGAUGUUUUGUUGGCUUCUUUCCCCUAUUCUUUUGAUUGUUUCUUGUAGACCAGCCGAUUGUUUGAAAGUCGUUGUAAAUCGGAUUGUUAUUAACACUAUAUAUCAGAAUGCCUUUUGUAAUGUAUGCCUUAGUUUCAUUCAAUUUUAUGUAAAAGAAAUGCAUAUUUACCAA